CUACAACACGCCUCACGGCGUCAUCACGAUGGUGCAGAUUCUACGACUUUAUAUGUCUAUCUAGCAACAUCUGUAUUCGAGCAGAUCAGCCCGCACUUUUGCACGAUUUUCCCUCUCCGCGUCCGUUGCGGUGUCUUUGCAUAAACAGCUGCGUACUACCACCGCCCGAACCUCAGCAGACCAUGAUUCUGCCUCCAUACUCUGUUGCUGCUGGCCCAGCGACCACCACACUUAAUUAUGACCUCUCCAUCUCCACGCCUACGCCCACGCCCUCUGUCCCCGGGAUGGGCAAUGAGAACUGGAGCUCCCUCAUUGGCAUCACUACCGCCAUCAUCGGCAACGUGAUGAUUUCCUUCGCCCUGAAUAUGCAGCGAUACGCACACAUACGAUUAGAGAGGGAAUGGCAAGAGAAAGAAAGACAGAGGAAGAGGAGGAGUACGUCAUAUCGGUCGAGCCAGGCGAAGACUGCAGAGGAGCGGGCUAAGGCGAAUCUGGCGAGGAAAUACCAUCCCCCGCGGCAUUCAGAGUCACUGCAUGGAGGAUUUGUUGCGACCGAGGUCGACCCUCUAAUCCAGUCGGUCGCGCUCACACAUGGCAGCACGCGCUCGCGAUCGCGACCAACCUUGGCUUCAACAGAUUCAACGUCCGGCGACGGCGACGGCUCUGAGGAAGCAGCAUACAAGCAGAAGUCAUACCUUAGGUCGCCCUACUGGUGGGCAGGUAUCAUACUCAUGACGACUGGAGAGGCCGGGAAUUUUCUUGCCUACGGAUUUGCCCCGGCCUCCAUCGUUUCCCCUCUUGGUGUCGUUGCCUUGGUCUCGAAUUGUAUAAUCGCCCCCUUCAUGCUCAAAGAGCCAUUCAGGAAACGCGAUGCUCUUGGUGUACUGGUUGCCGUUGGAGGGGCGGUGACUGUUGUCGCCUCUGCAAGCGACAACAAUCCGAAGCUGGGUCCGGGUGAGAUUUGGGAUUUGAUUACCACGUGGGAAUUUGAGACAUAUCUUGGCAUCACGAUAGCCAUUAUAAUUGCUUUAAGCGUUGCUAGUAACAGAUUUGGAGGCAAAAGCAUUCUGAUUGAUCUCGGCUUGGUGGGGUUAUUUGGCGGCUACACGGCACUCUCCACAAAAGGUGUUGCGUCAAUGCUCUCCUACACCCUUUGGCGCGCAAUCACCUUCCCUGUCACCUACCUGUUAGUCGCUAUUCUGGUCUUCACGGCGAUCAUGCAGAUCAAGUACGUCAAUCGGGCACUCCAGCGAUUUGACGCUACGCAGGUCAUUCCGGUGCAAUUUGUCCUCUUCACACUCUGCGUCAUUCUGGGGUCAGCGAUUUUGUAUCGCGACUUUGAACGCACGCCAAGUGGAGAUGCAGGCAAGUUCGUGGGAGGGUGUGCGCUGACGUUUUUGGGAGUGUGGUUAAUCACCAGUGGAAGACCGCGCAAUGGGGGUGAGGAAGAGGAGGACCGGGAGCCAGAACCCGAGGAUGCCAUCAAUCUUGUCGAUGGUGAGCGGUAUCAAGACGAGGUAGAUGGAGCUAGCAACGACGACCCCGGAGCGGGUUCACAUCGUUCAUCAACUAUCCGCCCAGCUUCACCUCCCAUUGACAUCAACCCAAGGUUCUUCACACACGAUGGCUCGCAGCCGUCAACGCCCACAACUGCCAUCACUCCGCAAAACUCGGUCCCACAAACACCAUCAACACCGUUAGACUCGGUCCCAGAAGUCCCAUCAUCACUAACUACGAAUCCUUGGGAGCAUGAAGGAUCUCAAUCGCAACCACCUUCAACUCGACUCCCACCAGCCUCCCUUAGUCGACACACACCUCACUCUACCCCUCUCCUUCCAUCUGAAGCCACUACAGCAUCAACCUCCAACCCCGAACUCGCCACACACCCUCCCAUCCCCAACACUCCCACAAGAGGUAUAUCUGACAAUGCGCUCCCGGUCACACCAAGCACACACCCUAGCCCCCUUCCGCACCGCCUUCGGAGAACCGGAACCGCAGAACGCCUAGGAUCACGGAAUUCCAUCCCUGGUCCGCUCCUCGCGAGUCCCCUCAGCACAUCUCUAAGCGCCAUGGUCGCAGACCUCAAACGAGGCGGCAGUCUGCGCGGCCCAUCAGGUGGUCACAGAAGCGAAAAUAGCGGCGAUCCACAUCCCACACGACGGAGAGAGAGCGUACUAGGAAUUGGAGCGAGUGAGCAUGAGAGGGAUACGGACGGUGAAGAGAGAUUCGGAGAGCUGCUCGAUAGGAGGAGAACGGUUAAUGAUGAUGUUGGAGCGGGACCGGAAGAGAGAUGGAGUAGGGGGAGGAGUUUGAGUGGGACGCUAGGAGAGCUUUGGAGGGGAAUUAGAGGCGGGCAUGGGGAUGAGUAUGGGGACGGUGAGAGUGAGGGUGGUGGAGGGUUUGGGGAGGAGGGGGGGUGA